CACAUACAUAAAGGUCACGCAGGGGGCCUCGUCUCUUCAGUCUCUAAAAACAGCUGCGAAAACACACACCCGUCUUCAUGGGAGCAGCGCAGAGGGGGAAGCAGUCAUUAAGAUCAGCAGGCCCGACUUGGAACCUGAGCUCGGACACAGAGACAGUUUAACAGUGUGUGUGUGUUUGUGUGUGUGUGUGUGUGUGUGUGUGGAAGGCAGACGAGCAUCUUUCAUCAACAAGAUUUGGACUUGGAUUUCACUGCUACUUGUGCAGAAUAUCAUUUCUGGGCGAACACUUUGAAUACACAAAGUGAACGAGACAGCGAGCAGCCAGAGAACAUGGGGAACUGCCCCAUCGGAAGCCGAUCCAAUCUGACAAUCUUAGAAAAUCCACCUGAAACCGGAUCACCACCCUCCCAAGACAGUGUGCUCGUGUCCCUCUGUGACUACCCGUCCUUUGAGCACACAGGGUUGACCAUGUGCGUCGGGGAGCGGCUCACCGUCAUGUCUGACGACGGUGAUUUCAUGAUGGUGAGAUCCACAACCACGGGCCGGGAGAGCUACGUUCCCUCCAACUACACAGCCAGGGUGGCACACAGGUGGCUGUUCACAGGCAUCGGCAGGUGUAAAGCAGCGGAGCUGCUCAUGCCGCCUAAUAACUACAGUGGAGCCUUCUUGAUUCGAGAGUCAGAGACAAACAAAGAUUGUUACUCGCUGUCUGUCCUGAUGAGGACCAACUCUUCGUACCUGGACUGUGUCAAGCACUACCGCAUCUCUCACCUCCAAAAUGGCUGGGUGUACAUAUCCCCGGGAGUCACCUUCCCCACCCUGCAUCACCUGGUGGAACACUAUUCAGAGUCUGCAGACGGAUUGUGCUGUCGGCUGACGGAGCCUUGCUUCAUCCAGGGGUUGGACGACGCCAGAGAGGCCCGGCCCGUGCCUACAGCUAUCAGGAGGCCUACUAUCAACUGGAAGGACAUUACCAGGUCAGUGAUCUUCGGGAGGAUGAGAACCGAGUCCGACAACUCUGUGGUGAGCGAGGGCCUGAGGGAGGCCAUCGCCUCCUACCUCCAAAUGACCGAUGGCAACGACCACAGCUGGGAGACCUGAGGAGAGACAGCGGAUCAGUCCGAGAGAAAGAAGUCGGUCGGGUGUAAUGGAGUCAGACAGCGUCCCGUCUCAUCUGCAGCGUGGGCCGGCCACUGGAAGAGGGCCCUCUGUAGACUGUGCAGACCGCCCUGGAGGGCUGAGACACUACAACGUGAGGAGCUGUGACAUGUAAAGAAGACCGCUUCCAUCACACAGGAGGGGAGAGGACAUUUAAAGUCAUCGACAUGUGUGUUCUCAUUUGAAUGUUUCUCUUAAUUUAUAUACUAAUAUGUGCACAUGCUGUUUGAAUACAAUCGGAAAAUGAUGUGUUAAUUAUUUCGUAAUAGGAUUGUUGUCAUGGUUAUUGGAAUCCAAUAAAUAAAUACAAAAGUUGA